CACACAGACAGUACUAUAGUAUAUAUAAUGUCAUCGGAAAGAAGAAACAUAAAAUGACUAGUUCAUAAAACAAAAACUUUCUUAUAUUACACCGACACUAAAAAAAUGUCUCAUUCCUUCUUGCCUAGGAACUAAUUGUUGCACACUUCGGUACACAAUUUUUUGAGCACUUCGACAUCAAAACGAGAGAGAAAAGAAUGGUGGAUUCUCAUGGCUCCGACACGGAAUGUUCCUCCAAGAAGAAAAAGGAGAAAACGAAAGAAAAGGGGGUAUAUCGUGGGGCUCGCAUGAGGAGCUGGGGGAAAUGGGUCUCGGAGAUUCGGGAGCCCCGUAAGAAAUCAAGAAUCUGGCUCGGGACUUUCCCCACGGCGGAGAUGGCAGCGCGUGCCCAUGAUGUUGCGGCAUUGAGUAUCAAAGGAAGUUCCGCAAUCCUUAACUUCCCUGAGCUCGCGGAUUUUCUGCCAAGACCAGUCUCGCUCAGCCAACAGGAUAUCCAGGCCGCAGCCGCCGAAGCCGCUCUUAUGGAUUUCAAAACUGUACCAUUCCAUCUUCAGGAUGACUCAACGCCGUUGCAAACUAGGUGUGAUACUGAGAAGAUCGAAAAGUGGUCAUCCUCAUCGUCCUCAGCCUCAUCCUCAUCCUCAUCUUCGUCCUCGUCCUCAUCAUCUAUGCUUUCGGGGGAGCUAGGAGAUAUUGUGGAGUUGCCGAGUCUUGAAAACAAUGUAAAAUACGAUUGUGCGCUGUAUGACUCGUUGGAGGGGCUGGUGUCGAUGCCCCCAUGGUUAGAUGCUACCGAAAAUGAUUUUAGGUAUGGAGAUGAUUCGGUACUGUUGGACCCAUGUCUCAAAGAAAGCUUUUUGUGGAAUUAUGAGUAAGGUUUUUUUUUGGAAAGAAAUGUGGUUUUUUGUUUCCUCCUCUCUUUUAUACUUUCGAUCUUUUUUUCUAAGCAUAUAUAUCUUCUACAUAUGUAAUACUUUUCCAUUAGUAAACAAUGAUUCGGUUUCGGGUACGUAGAUGAUUUGUGUAAAUAUAUAACAUCAUAAGCUUGAU